AUGUUGCUCUGUUUGUAUUCAUUUGUACCUAUUACAAUAUUGGUUGAUCUUGCAGAUAGUUCGAAUAAACAUCAUUACUCUCUCUCUCUCUCUCUCUCUCUCUCUAUCUAUCUAUCUAUCUAUCUAUCUAUCUAUCUAAGUCUGUUCAUUAUCUAUCUAUCUAUCUAUCUAUCUAUCUAUCUAUCUAUCUCUGUUUCCCUUUCUCUAUUUUACUAUUUUCUUGCCUUUUUCUUAAUCACUCUCUCCUUUUUCUCUUUCGUCAUUUCUUGUUCUUAUAUUAUUAAUCUUUAUCGCUCUAUUCCUUUCUUUCUUUCUUUCUUUCUUUCUUUCUUUCUUUCUUUCUUUCUUUCUUUCUCUCUCUCUUUCUUUUUUCAGUUCUUUCUCAAUUUCUCUUUCCCUCUGUCACUGUCUCUUUUAUCCUAUUUUGCUCUCUCUUCCUCUCCCUGUCCCCCUUCCUCUCCCUGUCCCCCUCUUCCUCCCCCUCUCCCCCCUUCCUCUCCUCCUCUCUCUCUCUCUCUCCAUUCCCUUUUUAUACUUACAGGUCUUUUGAACAGGAGUAAAGAUUUAUCCCUUGUUUCUUCUUUACGAUUGAGUUUCUGUUUCUCUUUUGUAAUCUCUCUUUCCAUUUCACAUUAUUUCUCUGGUCUCUUUCUUAAUAUCUCACUCUUUUUCUCUUUCACUGAUCUCUCUUUUCUUCUCCAUUUAUCUACGUCACUUUCUUUUCUUUUCUCUUUCUUAAUUUCUCUUUCCACUAUUUGUUCGUAUCUAUAUAUCUCUUUUUCCUUAAUUUUCUUUUCUCUCAAUUUCACUAUCUCCCUCACACUCUUUCUCUUUGCCUCUAUCUCUCACUUUGCUUUACUUUUCCUUUUUUCCAUCACUCCUUUCUUAAUUUAUAUCACGUUAUCCCUUUCUCUUAUUUACCGUUUCUUUAUUUCUCUUACGUCCUAA